AUGUAUAUUAGAUUAGUUGUUGGGGCAGUUAUUGGGAUGGUGAUUUGUGUAUAUGCGCCUCAGGUUGGGUUGGGGGAUAUUGAAUCUAUGACUUUUUGGGGCUGUUUGGAUGAUUUGGUUCGAAGUAUUCCUCAAGUCCAAUUUCUAUUUGUUGGUGGUGAUUUUAAUGGUCACAUUGGUGCAAGAGUGGAUGGAUAUCAAGGAUCGAAAGUUACAGAAUUUAAAGACAUGCUGGAGGGUUGUUUUGGGUUGGUAGAUGAUGUAGACCAAAUGUGGACAAAUAUGGCUAACUCAAUUAAGAGUGCAGCAAAGAGAGUGUUGGGGGUGUCAUUAGGAAAGGAUAUUACAGCGAGAUGGGGUAGGUAUUUUUCUGAGUUAUUUAACGUAGCACGGGGAAGGGAGAUUGUAUUCGAAAAUGAGAUUGUCCAUGUUCCUAACAAUGAUGUGCAUAUGGGUCAAGAUAUUGAUGUGGCAGAGGUACGCGCAGCUUUAUGCAUGAUGGGUAAAGGUAAGGAAGUUGGGCUCGAUGAGAUUCCGAUUGAGGUAUGGCAGUGUUUGGCAGAACAGGGUGUAAGAUGGUUGACGGCUUUUUUUAAUGUGAUCUUCCGAACAUCCCGGAUGCCGAGUGAGUGGCGGUUGAGUGUUGUGGAACCCAUCUACAAGAAUAAAGGUGAUGCUCAAAGUUGUAGUAAUUAUCUUGGUAUUAAAUUGCUUAGUCAUACAAUGAAACUCUGGGAGCGAGUUAUUGAGUGCAGGGUUCGAAGAAUUGUUACCAUUUCAGCGAAUCAAUUUGGUUUUAUGCCUGGGAGGUCAACAAUUGAGGUGAUUUAUCUCAUUCGUUGUCUUAUGGAGAAAUAUCGAGAGCGUUGUAAGGAUCUUCAUGUGGUGUUUAUAGAUCUUGAAAAGGCUUAUGAUAGUAUACCACGGGCCGUUCUUUGGAGAUGUUUAGUAGCGCGAGGGGUUCCGUCGAUGUAUAUUCGAACCAUACAAGAUACAGUAUGUAUCAGCAGUGGGGACUUGUGUUAG